AUGUCCCAGAGCAACCCCCUCCGAGUCCUAGUCAUCGUCUCACACAGAAGUUCACAAAUGACGAAAGCGCAAAACAACCCAGAAGCUCUCAUGCCCAAAGCCAUCCGCCUCCUGAAAACAAGACAACUUUAUACCCCACAAGAGUCACACCCAACUACAAGGCUGGUGGCAGCACAGAAGUGGCGGACGAGAGUGUUCUUUGUCUUCGAUAUCUGCCACACAACAUACGAUGCCAGGCUCGGCCAUCUGCCUGAACAGAACAAGCUCCCCGUUGCCGUUGUCCAUCUCAGCAAGAAGAAUACGGCCUAUGCGGCGAACGCCUGGGUGUCCAACAGAGUGAACCGAGAUAUUGCUCUGUUCCACAAUGCCAAUGGGUUUGGCGCGGUGCCGCCUUUCGUCGAGGACCAUACUGUUGGAAAGCCUCCUGAGUAUGUAAACCCGAGGGAUAUUUCGCUCUUGCGGGCCUAUUGCGUUUGA